AUGGCAUUGAACGGCGUCGACCUGGGGCAGCUGGGCCUGGCAUCAACUGCUACAGGCCUCCACCUUGACCUCACCAGUCAUGCCGAGAUUGCUUUGCCUGAAGAGGGCUCUGAAGUUGAUCCCUGUGGACUAACGACAGCAGUGAAGCCAUGGUGCCGGCGGGGGCACGAGUUUCAUCUUUCUCUCAGUCUCUAUUUUGAGGGGGACUUUACGGAAGUGAGCCCAGAGACUUUGAGCAGGAACAUCUCCCAGCGGCUUGGGUGGACAGAGCAAUGGCAACAGCUUCCACUACGCCCAGCUGGGAUUGUGUACUCAGCGACCGAGGCAGGAGGAGCUUCGAUCGUGGUGCACUUGGAUCACAGCAAUGAAAGACCGCCCAAACGCCAGCUGCACAAGCUUGAGGACGGUGUGCCGGACGAAGACCGCACUCCACCACCUGGUGUGCCAGCUGUCAUUCUCAAGUCGAUCCACCUCUCGAUGCGAUUCUCGAAGACUUCGUGUCGAAAGCGUCGAAAAUUGGAGCCAAGUCUCAGCGAGUGCAUUGCGUCUUUGCCGCCUCAUGAAGAUCUGGCGGGGACAGGUCUUUCAGAAAGUGCUUUUGAGCAGACUUUGAAGCAGGGCGGUCGUCGACAACAAUUCUUCGAGACCAAGUCACAUCACGGAAAGUGCGGUGCCACAUGUCGGAGAUCAAAAACGAGUCCAGCACCAGAAAGCAUAACCAGCGACGAUGCUGAUAUGCUUUUUGAGGCCAGGUCGCCACCGUACGAGUCUGCAGAGGCGAACGUGGAUACGGCCAGCGCGAUCCGACAACGAUCAUACAAUACCGGCGACCUUCGACAGCAUGAUGACGACGCAUCCAGCAACCAUGAACAUUUAUUCGAGCUAUUCGAUGCCGGACUUCGACUCGCGAUCACUUCCAAUUCAAGUCGCUUGCCAAAAGGUGUCAAGCUGGUAACGAACGAGUCAUUUAAGCACUUGGCAGACACAUUUCCGGCUUUGUGGUCUCCAGGACAUCUAUCGGCCUUGUCGAGCCGCGCUGUCUUCUUGCCCACGAUAAGCCAUGCGCUUGCAAAUGUUUGCGGUGUUCAUGCGCAAGGGCAGGUGCUGCGUGCGAAGCUUGCGGAGCUCAACAGGCGGCUUAACCCAUCCCAUCAUGGCCGUGAAACCAACACACCUGGCAGUGAAAAGGCGUCACUCUCAGAUGCACAAGGGAGAGUGACUACACCACUCUGGGAAACGAUGGAGCGCUCGCUCUUCGAGAGGGAUACCAUCACUCGAUUGAAGCCGUUGUCACUCCCUUCCGAAAAGAUGAUCGAUGACGACGAGAAUAUCUGGGCGGACUCAUUAGGCAUCGCUAUCCACUCUGCGCAAGACCAAGACAUCGACGAUGUAUUGUCCGAUAGCGAUGAAUCCAUGCUGGACGAGACUGAGUUGCCAUUGACACCGGAACCAGGAGCCGAUCAUGCCAUGAAUCUACUAUGGAACGACACUGGUGCAUCCGACGACGACGUACUUGAGCAUACGGCGGAGCACGUGGCGGACUGGAAACGUGGACCUCACGUGGGCUCGGUGCACGAGCAUGAAAUCUUGUCUCUGUGCGGCAGCGCUGAUUCACUGGCGGUGGACGAUGGGCUGGAUGUGGCUUCGUUGCGAGGCCCGGAAGAACCGUUCAUGCCACCCGAGAAUCUGGUGGGGGACAACCUAUUUGAGUCGUUGAGCGAUGGAGAAAUGGAGAUGGAUGAGAUGAUGCCAAUCUAG